AUAUAUAUAUACUUUAAAUGGCGACGACUGGCACGCUUCUGCUUUUCGUCGCCGCUAAAACAUCAAUAAAAAGUGUUUUUGAACGUUAUUCUAAGUAAUCUUAGUUAAUUUUAGUAUAGAUCAUAGAAGAGCGUUUUUAUAAUAAUCGAGUCUGCAGCGAAGUGUGAAUCAAUAAUGCGAAUUUGAACAUUGUUUUGUUGACUACAAUAUUAACCUAACUUUUACUGAAAAAGCACAGUAUAGUAUAUAUUUGCAAUAAUUUUUGUUUUAAUACUUCGUAAUCAUCUCAACAAUGAGUGUCAAUCUUCUCAUAAGUCGACCUGCGACUGUAGCACUGCAAGCACUGAAGAAUGUAUCGAAAUGCUGCUACGCGACUAAAAUCAAAAGUAUUGUUGACGAGUUAAAUGUCGAGGAAACACCAGCUUAUGAAACUGAGGCUAAAUUUACUGAAGAAGAAAUUGCUCAAAUGAGAAAUAAAUCACUCCUAUGGCCAGAGCAUUAUCGAAUACUUCAUGGUCAGAGGCCAUACAAUGAAAGCAAAGAACAUUAUCAUGACAGAGUGUGGUAUAAGAAAAGAGUAUUGGGUAGAUAUGGCAUAGACGCAGUUGACGUUCCUGCAGGCAUCUGUUGGCCAAGCAAAGAAGAUAUUGCAGAUAAGAAAGAAUACGAGAGUCUUGCUUUUCCUAGUGACAUACAGGGAUUGUGGAAAGAGAUUGAAGAACAAAAGAAAGAAGAAGCUGAAGCAAUUCGCAAAAGAGAAGAAGAAAUUGACAAAGCUAUGGCCAAUUUUGAAAAAUGGAAGGCAGCUUUGGAGGCAAAAGUGGCAAAAAAAGAGGCUGAACUGAGAGCAGCCAAAAAGAAGAAAGAAAAAGUGAUGCAAGAGAUCAAAGAACAAAUUGGUUACAACAUAGAUCCACGUGAUGAGCGAUUCAAGCAGAUAUUGGAACAAAAAGAGAAAGAGGACAAAAAGAAAAAGAAGGAGGAAAAGAAAAAAUUGAGAGCUGAAAAAUUGAUGGCAUAUUUGGCAAAACAAUCUCAAGAAAUAGACAAGAAAGUUCUGCAGUCAGAGCCUGCUCAACAGUCUAGUGAAACUUCACCAUCUGCGAGUGAGAACAAGGUUGAGAAAGACAGCAAAAAGUCAGAAUAAUUCUUUUUUUAAGAUCUUGUACAGUUUGUUAUAUAACUAUUAAAAAAAAA